AUGGCGUCAGCUGAUAGCUCUGACCUUGACGUAACUACACUGUUCACAACUCCACAUCCCACAAUCUCUGAAACCACAGGAUCCACCACAGAAUUCUCAGCGCCGCCGAAGAAAAAUGUGGUCGCCAAUGCGGCUGGCAUAGGUGUUGCUGGCGAUGCGUCCAUAAGAAGCCUUAUUAGAUCUCGCCCAGUCGGUAGACGCCCCAGUCUGCCUCGUGGUUGGCCAUCUUCAGUAAGGAGAGUAUAUUCAGCGAAGGACUAUGACGAUGAUGAUGACGAUGACGAUGACGACGACGAUGAUGACUACGAUGAUGAUGAUGAUUAUCCUCGUGCUCAUUCUCGAGCUCGGGCUCGUGCUCCGCUUUGGGCGAGCGUGUUUGAAUGA